UUGUGUAAGUGUAUGCGUAUUGUGUGUGUGUGUGAGGCACAGGGCUGGGAUUUCGGGUUAAAUAUUCAAAAUGGCGGACGGAGGAGCAGCGAGUCAAGAUGAGAGUUCAGGACCAGAUGUUAAAGUGAAUAAUCAGUCAGAAGCUACUACUAAAUGUGCAAUGGAAAGUGAUGACGGGAACACCGGAAUCCAAAUCAAUGGAUUGGACUUUCAGAGGGUGCCAACCACAAGUGCAAUCACUAAUGCACAUGCACAAGCCCUCCUCCAACAGUCUAAGUCUGAAGACUCGGGUGCUCUUCCCACCUCCGUCCAGCAGAGCGUAUUGCCUCAAACCCAGCUAAUGUUGGCCGGGGGACAGAUUGCUGGACUGACUCUGACCCCAGCGCAGCAGCAGCUGUUGCUCCAGCAGGCCCAGGCUCAGCUCCUGGCUGCAGCCGUGCAGCAUUCAGCCAGCCAGCAGAGCAGCACCACCGGGGCCAGCAUCUCAGCCUCUGCAGCCACGCCCAUCACCCAGCUGCCCCUGUCCCAGCCCAUCCACAUCGCCCCUCAGCUACAACAGCAGAAUCUAAGUCUGCCUCAGAUUGUUCUGGUUCAGCCCGGCCACCCCAUCGCCACGCCACUGUCCGCUCAGUUCAUCAUCUCACAGACGGCGCCGGCCCAGCAGGGCAUCUUGCAAGCCCAGAGUCUAAAUCAACUACCUCAAAGCCAAGCUAACCUCCUGCCGACUCAACCAAGCAUCACCCUCGCAACUCAGCCUGCAACUCCAACCCGCACCACAGCAACCACCCCGAUCCAGGCCCUGCCCCACAGUCAGACUCCCCCCAAACGACUGGACACACCAACUCUGGAGGAGCCCAGUGACCUGGAGGAGCUGGAGCAGUUUGCCAAGACUUUCAAACAGAGACGUAUCAAACUGGGCUUUACGCAGGGGGAUGUUGGCUUGGCCAUGGGGAAGCUGUAUGGAAACGACUUCAGCCAAACUACCAUCUCUCGCUUUGAGGCCUUGAAUCUGAGCUUUAAGAACAUGUGCAAACUCAAGCCGUUGCUGGAGAAGUGGCUCAAUGAUGCAGAGAACCUGACGUCUGACCAGUCCCUGUCCAGCCCCAGCACCCUGGGCUCCCCGGGCAUGGGCAUGGAGGGCAUCAACCGCAGACGCAAGAAAAGGACCAGUAUCGAGACCAACAUUCGAGUGGCCUUAGAAAAGAGCUUUCUGGAGCAGAACCAAAAACCUACCUCUGAAGAGAUCACCAUGAUCGCUGACCAGCUCAACAUGGAGAAGGAGGUGAUUCGGGUCUGGUUCUGCAAUCGUCGACAGAAAGAGAAGAGGAUUAACCCCCCCAGCAGUGGCAGCAGUGGAGGAGGCAGCACCCCCAUCAAAACCAUCUUUACCCCCAGCAGCCCUUUGGUGGCCAGCACCGCGAGCCUUGUGAGCAGUCCCACCAUUAACACACCCACCACUCUGACUGUAAACCCAGUGAUGCCUCUCACCAGCACCAGCGUCUCCAGUUUGUCUUUCACAGGCACGACAGGCGGAGCCACAAACACUGCAUCCGUCAUCUCCACUGCAUCUGUGGUUACCACGGCAACCAGCUCUCCAUCUUUAAGCCCAUCCCCGACCACUAUUCAGUCCACGACCACAGAGAGCAAGCCUCUGGCACAAACCGUGGUCACCCAGGCUCCGUCGUCCAUAGCUACCACCUUAGGGACGGGUCAGGUGAUGGUGGCGGCUCCGGGUCUGUCUGCAGCGCUGCAGAACGCCACCCAGCUGCCCACCAGCGCCAGCUUUGCAGCUAUGGCUGCUGCUGCGGGGCUCAGCCCAGGGCUGAUGGCGUCCUCCCAGUUCACUCCAGGGGGUGCCCUCCUCAGCCUGGCCCCUGGUGCCCUCGGCUCUGCGCUGAGUCCUGCCCUCAUGAGCAACAGUACCCUGGCUACCAUUCAAGCUCUGGCGUCCAGCGGCACCAUCCCCAUCACUUCUCUGGACGGCGGGAACUUCCUGUUUGCCAACACGUCUGCUGGCAACACGCCCAACCUGGUGACCACGCCGCUCUUCCUCAACCCCCAGAACCUGUCGCUGCUCACCAGCAACCCCGUGAGCCUGGUGUCGGCCGGGACGGGGGGGCUGCAGGUCACCGCUGACGCUCAUCACCAGGCCACCACGGUGCAGGCCUCCACCAUCACCACUGCCUCCAAGGCCCAGUGAAGCAGUGGGGCUGCGUCCCGUUUCUUACGUCGGCACUACUCCUGAUCACAGCGUGUAGGGAACAGGGCGGCUGUUUGCUCAGAGCUCUGCUUCACUAACCACCCACAUUCUUCCCAUUGUAUCUACCAUUAUUUAAUCCUUCUGCUGCCACCAAAAACAAAACAACCUCACAAAGGUUGCUUCUUCAGUUUCUUUCUUUAACUUUGUUUUUUCCUGUCCUUUUCUUUCUGAUUCUUGGAUGUUUUCUCACAAACUGUUGUUGGCCUGCCAGUCCUCAUGAACCUUGACACGUGUGCAGGAGGAAAACGUCCUGUUCUCGUUUUGUACAUAUAUCCUUCUAUUUCCAGGUCAGAACUUUCUCUGAAGCACUUCUAACCAAAAACUAGAACUUUCCUCUUUAACAUUCAAACUUUACUGAUUUACUACUAAUUUCACACGUUCAUCAUCACUAACGGGGGGUGUGUGUGUCGCCCUCCUUUUAAUUAUCGUUUGGGUUUAUAGGACAGGCCUUGACGUAAAUCAUAUCAACAUAUUGUAGAGACUUUUUCUUCCUUUAUCUUUACUGUCUAUAUUUUUUGACAUUUUCAGAACUUUUCAAGUCUAAUAUUAAGUUAAGGUUUAACUAUCACUUUUUAAUCGUGGUUAUAAGGCUUUAAAACAAGUAAUAAGUGGCCGAUAUAAAGGUUAUCAUUGCUUUAAGGUCAGAGGGACCAGGUGUGUCCCUCUGAGUCUCUCUUCUGGAAACACUGACUUUUACAUUUUGCUGUGGUGACGCCGUAGCCGCCGGGCUUCUGUAAAACGACGGUCUAGAUGUGGACUAUAGACACUGACAGAAAAUGACUGAAAACAUUACAUGAGAGCUUUAAAGUGAGCUGCAGACCUGCAGUGUGAUUAGUGAAAACUGUACAUUAUGUUUGGAUUGGAGGUAGGAAGUGGAUGUGUGCAUGUGUUUGAAGAGCUCAGGCAGUCUGCGUCUGGAGGACUCGUCCCUGGCUAGCUGGGCUCAUUGUGUUGUGUUUUCUUUUCUGUUUAACAGUAGUACCGUCGUAUCUACUUGUGCACAGUAUCUGUACCAAAAAACUGGAUUGAUGAGCUGCAGUCUGCCUGUUUUGGGAGGAAUGAAAUUCUUUUGACUGGCUUACGUACUUUAAGAUAUACCAAAAAUCUUUGUUAAAAUAAUUGCUGUGUGUAGUCGGUGUAGCUUAGUCUAGUCAAUAUAUUUAUGAGUACAGAAUCUCUCUUCAUUGUCGACAGAAUAUAGAAAUGCAAUAUUUUGAUGAUCAUUUUCCAAAGAUUACAUGUUUUAAUUUGACCGAGUGUCUCAUAGCUCACUUUUCAAUUGGCAGCAAAAGACCAGAAAGGAGGGAUGGAGCAUGACAAAGAACUUUUUCUCUUUAUUUCUGAAUCUGGUUUUCUGUGAGCCGUUUGAUGGCCUGUUCUCUUUCUAUCCUGUUUUGGUAGCAGUUCUGGACUUUUCUGAAGCAUUAUGGAGAGGGUCUGUUUUUGGUUUUGUGCUAACGUUCAGCCAUAAAACAACAGCUUGAACCAAAGUGGUUUUCCUCAACAGCUGCUGUGCCUGUCUGAGCACAGCUCUGCUUUCCUCCACUUAUUUUCUCCUCUUCCACUUCGGUCAGUCCCCCUUUUUUUUCCUGAUUUGGUGCUGCUGGAUGAGGAUCACAGAAACUUAGCUUUAGUGACCUGCUGCUGCAGCUCCUGGUGGGGCUGAAGCUCUCCCUCCCGGCGGGGCUGAAGCUCUCCCUCCCGGCGGGGCUGAAGCUCUCCCGGUGGGGCUGAAGCUCUCCCUCCCGGCGGGGCUGAAGCUCUCCCUCCCGGUGGGGCUGAAGCUCUCCCGGCGGGGCUGAAGCUCUCCCUCCCGGCGGGGCUGAAGCUCUCCCGGCGGGGCUGAAGCUCUCCCUCCCGGUGGGGCUGAAGCUCUCCCUCCCGGCGGGGCUGAAGCUCUCCCUCCCGGUGGGGCUGAAGCUCUCCCGGCGGGGCUGAAGCUCUCCCUCCCGGUGGGGCUGAAGCUCUCCCUCCCGGCGGGGCUGAAGCUCUCCCUCCCGGCGGGGCUGAAGCUCUCCCGGCGGGGCUGAAGCUCUCCCUCCCGGUGGGGCUGAAGCUCUCCCUCCCGGCGGGGCUGAAGCUCUCCCUCCCGGCGGGGCUGAAGCUCUCCCUCCCGGCGGGGCUGAAGCUCUCCCUCCCGGCGGAGCUGAAGCUCUCCCUCCCGGCGGAGCUGAAGCUCUCCCUCCCGGCGGGGCUGAAGCUCUCCCUCCCGGCGGGGCUGAAGCUCUCCCUCCCGGCGGGGCUGAAGCUCUCCCUCCCGGCGGGGCUGAAGCUCUCCCUCCCGGCGGGGCUGAAGCUCUCCCUCCCGGCGGGGCUGAAGCUCUCCCUCCCGGCGGGGCUGAAGCUCUCCCUCCCGGCGGGGCUGAAGCUCUCCCGGUGGGGCUGAAGCUCUCCCUCCCGGUGGAGCUGAGCUGUGGAGGCCUGCAUGCUUUCUGAUAGCUUUAUGACGACGUCAGGCUCCUGUAGGUGGGAGGUGUAAAUGCGUAGAUCUGAUCUGAUCGUUACACUUCACCUCCUCUCAGUUUUAACCAGCAUGUUGGGAAACGAUUUGCUGCUCCUGAAAUCCGUCUGUGGACUAGUUUAAAACCUGCCAAAACUCUCUUACUGAACACGUGGAGGAUAAGUCUGUCCUGAGCUCCACGUUUAGCUAACCCCACACUAAAGUAGCAUUGUUCUGCUUCUAAACGACUAAAUGAAUUUACCCGGUGGUUAUUCAAUCACUGAGACUGUAAGCAGUGAAAUGUGUCCAUGUUUUCCUCUCUGUCCUUCUUUUCUGUUGAAUUCUUUUUGACUGAAUAUACCUCAGCAGCAGCAGCUCAGCGUAAGGUUCCCCUGUAGGCGUUUCUGUGUAGAGCAUUACAGAAUGUAGAAGCACCGUCUGCUGAUGAACCAUGCAUAGGAACCGUACAGAAAAGGACUACUACUACUGCUAUUUUCUAGUACUACUAUUUAUGGGGUAUUUCCAGGUUUGAAUAUAAUUUUGAGAUCCUUCUUGCCAAAGUAAAAGCCUUUCUCUUUGCAGCUUGGUGGGCUUCUGGUUGCCUGAAGAACUCGGUCCUGUUCCAGUUACUGAACGUCUGAUAGCGAGAUGAACCACCAUAGGAUGUUACUGAAAUAUUUAUCUGAAGAAUUAGACAAACGAUCUUUUCUUAAUUCUAUACAUAUAAAUAUAUAUAUAAACACUUGUAAGAUAUUCAUAUUUUAUAUUUGAACCGGUGUUAUCCAGACUGAAUGUAGUGAUUGUCAUCCUUACUCCAAAACAAAUUCUCCCCUCAAUCUUUUUUUUGUUUUGAACUUUCAAGACCAAAAAGUCCGAGAUAAACCCGAGCACGCCUCAGUGGAGCGACUCGCUGACUCCUUCAGGCAUUCUCAUCUUAAUGCUUUCAUAGAUACUUUAUUUUGAGUCGUUGUGGACUUGAUUUGCUGUGCUGUCUUUAACAAUCAUUAGUUAGUUUUUAUUCAAUUACUUUAUGCCUUUACUUGUUUUGUAUAGUGUGAGAGGGCAAGAUCACUGGCUUUCUUAGUUUGAUAAAGAAGAUUAACAUUAUCAUUUAUGCCUUAUUGUUACGUAGAAGACAUGAGCAUUGUAGCAUCGUUGUUCUGUGUGUGUGUGUGUGUGUGUGUGUGUGUGUGUGUGUGUGUGUGUGUGUGUGUGUGUGUGUGUGUGAGCGUCACCUGGUGCAUUGUCUUCACUGAAACAGAACAGUGUACUUUGGGCAUUUCUGAGCGUGGGAUGGUUCCGUUGCUACCUAUGUUUGUAGGUUGAGGAAACCUGUGAGAAAAGCUUUACUAAUAAUUCCAGCGUGUGUGUGUGUGUGUGUGUGUGUGUGUGUGUGUGUGUGUGUGUGUGUGUGUGUGUGUGUGUGUGUGUGUGUGUGUGUGUGUGUGUGUGUGUGUGUGUGUGUGUGUGUGUGUGGUAAUGAAAGAAUAGGGAGGGCAGUCUGCAAACCAUUCUGGUGCAUUUUUCCAUCUUCCAGCGGGCGUUUAGAGUGAUUUCUUUUGGUUUGAAGGGUGAGACCAGAGCUUACUGUGGUUGUUGCCUGGAGGAGCUUCUCUACUGACUGAACUUCAGGCUUUUGGUUUGUUCUGGAAAAAGUCCAGUUUGUGGUUGACCUCUGCUUUUCUCAACCGUCUGCUCGGCACUGACUCUAGCUGUUGAGCAGUUUCAGUGGGUGAUCCGUACGUUUUAAAAUCCGCCGUGCGUAGAGUUCUGGUUGGUCGACGCUGGUUUGCUGGGUUUUAAUGUGGACGUGUGGAGCACCAGUAAGGCAAAAGGAGCUGUUGUAUACCUCAUUUCUAACUCAAGACUGAGUGAAACCUGCUUUAAUCUACUUAAGAAAUAAGAAAAAUGUUUUAAAAAAAUCCUAAAAACUAUGAAAAUACACAAACUGGUGUCGGUGGAGAAGCCUGCUCAUACCUGUACUCAGAGGGCUGUGGUGAAAGCUGCCACCAGAGGGCGCUCUCUGAAUGUCUGCUGUUUUCUUUCACAGUUUGGUGAUGGAUUUUAGGGUGAACAGAGGUUAUUAGUUGUUUACGACGGGAGCCCCCACAUGUCUGGACACUUGUUUAAGUUUGACAAUCCUUUUUUUUUUUCUUUUAUUUGUGUGUUUGGCUCUGACCAGGUACAGGUAUGUGCGUUCUUCCCACAUGACGGUGUGCUGUUGCAGCCCGCUCUCCUUCUCCUGUGGUUCCAACAUUAACCAAAGACUUCUAACCUGAUUGUAUGUGAGCGACACGCAGCUCCCGCCCAUCCCCGCCUCACUGCUCAGCAUCAAACCCACCCGGCCCUCCUGGAAACACGUUGCUUUUUACUGCAUGCGAAUGUGCGUCUGGCCCGGGGACGCUCUGGUCCUCGGGGCGGCUCAGUGCCUGUGGGCGGGGAUCGGCGGGAGGCAGCAGGAGCUGAGCGGGCUUCUCCGGCAGACACCAGACCGAUGUGGAGGUGGCUGGGUGGUGUUUGUUAAUACACACUGAGGGUUCAUCCUGUGCACACUGUACCUGCUCAGGACUCUCUGUUCGUCUGUCUCUGUUGCUAGGAUGUCCUUCCCCUCUCCUCGUCCCUCUCCUCCACUGUUUCUCUCUCAAGGACUGUGGUUAAAAUGCUGUUCCUGCCUCUCAGUGCGUCUGUCUCUUCCUCGUCAUCCUACACUGUAGUCCCAGGACGUAAACCCUGUUGUCUCCAGGAAUACACAUCCUGCGGUUGUUAAAACUCACUGCUGUGCCCCUAUCCUGCCCCUGCCCUCCCUCCUUUGACAUCGUCUCUUCACUACAGACUCUGAUCAGCUGUGACACUAUGCAUCAUGGUCCUUCUCUCUGCAUGGACUGUGUCCCUCCGGCUCAGAGCUUCUGGCCGACGGGCUUCAGUGACACUUUGUUUAAUGCUUUACUCCAGGUGAGGCUGUAAGGACCUCACAAGCGCUAUCCCAAAGCAAAAAUCCAAAUAUUUAACUUUUGACAAAUGCAGAUACCAAAGAUAUCUCUCUGUCCUGUGUGUCUCUGUGUGUCUGUCCCCCCCCACCCUGCAGCAUGUGUAUUAAGAGACAAACCCAGCACUGGCUUUAGUCCUAGCCUCAGUAAUUCCAAAGCUUAGAUGUAUAUUUUGGUAUAUUUCUGAGAAGAACCUACGUGAAAAGCGUCUGUUUCUCGUUUGUUUGUUGUAAUCUCUUUUUCCUGUCACAGCAUGGAACUAAUUGCAGAACUGUCUUACUCUUGGUAGGUUAAAGAUAUAGUAUUUUUGUAUGUUUUGGGUGUGUUAUGUGUGUGAUUUAUCAGUUCACAGCCCAAGUGACCAUGGCUUCAACAGAGAAAAAGAAAAAACAAGCUGAAAACGCCAACAUGUACAUAUUCUGUCUGUAUCUCAGAAAACAUUUCACGUUGGAAGCUUGGGCUCAUCUAAAGGAAUGUGUCCCCGUUUUAUUUCCCCUUUUUCUUAUUCUGCAGUCUGAUACUAAUUGACUUUCCAGGACUCGAAUGUAAAGAGUUUUGGUUUCCAUCGUGGAAUACAACACUGAGGGACACUGCUCCGAUCUGACUACAAAAAAAACAAAAAAAGAAGAAAAAAAAGGCUUCCAGUCAUGGCGGCAUAGAACUGAACGAUUGUGUAGGAUUUUAAGUAUGUGAAUCAGGAUACAUAGUAGAUUUUGAUGCAUUUGUCUGCUGUAUUUUUGUUUGUUUUGUUUUUAUACACAUAUAAAGAUAAUCUUUUACUGUAAAUGUACAGUUCUCUUUUGUUGUAAACAUCAUUAAACCAUUUUCCAAGUGUU